UAGAAAUGUAAAUCAUCUGAAUACAUUUCAUAGUGGGUUUUUGCAAGUUUGAGACUUUAUAACUUGUGAUGUUAUAAUUGAUGUGAGUGUGAAACAAUCUACACUGGGUAGAACUGCUAACUAUUUUGUUUAAUUUAGUUUGUGUGGUUAAACUUUAUGAUACAGUUUUUUCUGUUAUAUAUUAUUAGAUAGAUAGAUUCUGUAAUGUGCUUUUACUUUGGGAUUUGGAACACUAUUAAACUAAUGUUCGAGGGACUCACUUCCCAUUAUUGUUUGAUAAAUAACCAAUCACUGUGGAAAAGACUUUUCCCUUUCCUCUUGUUACAUUGGCAUAUGCUAAUAUAAUGUAUCGCUUUGACUGUUAGCUGACUAUUUUAGCUACCAAACUGUUAGGUAUUAGUAUGUAGAUGAACUAUGGCCUAUAUAAAGCUAAUUGUUUUCUUCUUCUUGUUAUUCAGGUUUAUCUUUGAUUUUCAAAAUUAUAAAACAAAGAAACUGACCAAGUUGUUGAGCUAAAGAGUAGAGUUCUGACUGAAGCAUCAUCAAGGCAGUUUAGGUCCAGCAGUAAUGAAGAGCGAACAGGAACUACAAUCUUCCACUCAAGCUUCACAAGAGUCCCAAGGUGAACAGAAACUUAACCAAUCUAUAGAUGCUCCUCCUAUACAAGAUGCCGUUUCUGUAUCUGCUUCAAGCAAUGAUAGUAGGAAAGUCUCAAGACAAGAUAUUGAACUCGUCCAGAAUUUGAUAGAAAGAUGUCUUCAGUUGUACAUGAACAAAGAAGAGGUGGUGAAGACCCUCUUGACUCGGGCAAGGAUAGAACCUGCCUUUACUAGCUUGGUUUGGCAGAAACUAGAAGAAGGAAACGCAGAGUUUUUCAGGGCUUAUUACAUAAGGUUGAAGCUAAAGAAGCAAAUAGUUAUAUUCAAUCAGUUGCUUGAGCACCAGUACCAUCUCAUGAAGUAUCCUCCUGUUCCUCCAAAGAUUCCUCUGGCACCUAUGCCAAACGGAAUGCAUACCAUGGCACCUGUAGUUGGCAUGCAAAUAGGAUAUCCAGUACUACAACAUCCUCAAAUGCAUGUUCAAGGCCAUCCCCAUAUCGCUGCUGCAACCGCAAUGUCAAGCUGCCAUGUUGUUAACGGAGUCCCUGCACCUGCGCAUCUCCAGCCAUUGAGGAUGAACUCAACGAAUGAAAACGUGGAAGAUGCAAAUCUUCAAGUGGUUCCACCAAGCAGUGGUGAGAUGGCAGUGAGUCCAGCUUCUGUGGCAUCAAGCGGACACUUUCCAUUUGCUGAUUCAGACAUGGUAAUGGACACUUCAGUGCUUGAUUCUGAGUUCACUGCUGAUGUUGUUGGAGCAGAUGGAGGAGGAGGAACUGGGGAUACCACAGAGUCAUUUGAUCAGAUUCCCUGGGAUUUUAGCCUUUCUGAUCUCACUGCAGAUCUGUCAAACUGGAGAAAAUGAAUAGAUGUUUACAAGAUUUUAUAGUCUUACAACUACUAUACACACGCCAGAUUUACUUUUCAUAUAUAUCUUUUUAUAUAUAUGAAAAGUCUAUUUGAUUUACAAAAUAGUUGUUGAUUUAGAAACAGUAUUUUUAUAUGGUCUUUUUUUUGCUCAAAGGAAAGAUGGGAUUUUAACAAAAUGAGCUAUGUUGGUUGGUUAUUUUUAUAUGUUCUUUCCCAUCGAUAUUUAAUUGAAAAUUCUUUCAUUUAAAAUUUUUAUCAGUCUAUAACCAUUAUUUUAUUCA